AGCCUCUCUCAUUCACAGCCACAUUUUGGAUUACCACACCCGCUGCGGAGAAGCUCACUAUUCGCUGUCCUCGGACCAAAAAGCAGAGCGGGACUGCGAUCAGCAACCUGUCCACAAAAAAAAAAGCUAUGAAAAUGUCAGUGGGGGAGAUCAUCAGGGAGGGAGAGCUGGAGAAGAGGAGCGACAAUCUCCUCCAGUUCUGGAAGAAGAAGACGUGCGUCCUGACCAAGGACAGCCUCAACAUUUACGCGGCCACAGACACGCAGAAACGCUCCAAGAGCAAAGAGAUCAAGUUCCAGUCCAUCAAAAAGGUGGACUGCGUGGAGCGCACCGGCAAAUUCAUCUAUUUCACCAUCGUUACAAAUGAUGACAAAGAGAUCGACUUCCGGUGCUCCGUGGAUCAAACCUGCUGGAACGCAGUGAUCACCAUGGCUCUGAUUGAUUACCAGAACAGAAAGGCGCUCCUGGACUUUAAGACGCGGCAGGACAAUGACGGCGCAUCGCCCGGACAGGAGAGGCGCAUGGCCCGCGCGCCCUGAGCCGCUCCAGGGCGCAGGCUCAAAACCAUCCUAAUAUGAGUCUACAGGGACUUUUGAGGAAAAAAUGGAAAGUGGGCCAAAAAGGAAGACUAGGUCAUCCGGUCCAGAGAUGAAGGACUGUCCGGGACUGAGCUCCCUCAAGACAAAUGAUCCAAACCAAAGCUCAACAAGUGGACUGAACUUUUGAAAUGUCAGAACUAUUUCACGUUUACUCUACAGAGAGAACUGGCGUUUAAAAUCCUGCUAAUUUAUUUUUGUCCUGAUGUAUGGUGUUGCUGUUAAACUACUUGUGUUGUCUAAAUUAUUUUCUGUUUAAAUGUAUUUAUUUGAAUAAAUGUCCAUUUUCUUUUUAAUAUAACUUUUUCCUUUUGCUGUUUUACUUUGGAAAAGUUUUUUUUUUUUUUUUUUUUUUUUUUUUUGAGGUUGUCAACAUCCCUUUAGGCCUGCAUGAUUCAGGGGGGAGGUAAAAAAGUAUAACCGAUGCUGAUAAAAUGUUCAGCAGUAUUCCUUCAACGCCACAUGUGACCAUGAAAUGGGAGUAGAGGACAGGGAAGUCCCUCUUCCUCUCUGGCGUCAAGUGGAAUGUGACUCUUGUCACUGGGAGGGUUUGGGGACUGAGUCAUAACUACCAGGUACAUUCAUCAACGGACACUUUAGACUAUAGUGGUGUAUCCGAACACACCUGCUUUCAAGGUGUGGUGGCUUUUAUGGUUCAUGUACUGGUGCAAUCUGAUAAUGGAAGCAAGGAGUGGAUGUAUUUGAAGAAAAUUAAAAGUAUUAAACCGA